AUGGCCUUCCCUAGCGGAACCACAUACCAUGCUGAUUCUGACGCCGACGAUGAGUAUGAGAGAAGCGUCAUGACGUCGCCUACCCAACUACAUACCGAUUCGGAGACCUCUUCUGAGCCAGCCUCCAACGAACACACUCCAACGACGUUUGACAACUCGGGGGAAGACCCAAGCCUGCCCAGGACCAUAAUAACAGAAUGGACAUCAGAAGAAUGCGCUCAAUUUGUGUCGAGUUUGAACCUGAGACAGUACUGCCAUGCUUUUGUCGAACAUGGCAUCGAAGGAGAAGCCCUUGUUGCACUUAAACAUGAUGAGCUGAAAGAGAUGGGAAUCGCAAGCGUGGGACACAGACUCACAAUCCUCAAGAAUGUCUAUGAUAUGAAAGUCAACCAGGACAUUCCCAUUGAACCAGAUGACUAUGUUCCUCCAACGGCCGAGCAAAACCCUCAGCAUGAAAUGGCAACCAAGGAAGACAUUGAUCGACUGGCUCGAUCAAUCCUCAGACUACGGGACGAGCGAAUUGCUCAGGCGGAGGCGCAGUUGACCAGACUGGCAGAUGACUACCGUAAAUUACGCCAGGAAUUACUGCCGGUCUUCAAGAUGGCCAAAGAACGAUCAGAACCUCUUCCCUAUGCCCCUUAUCAAGGCGCUACCAUUAGUCCCGAGGUGUAUCAGCAAGAUGUCGUCUUACCUCCCGUGGCAACCCAGCCAGUCCCUGAAAAGAGCAGCCUCACACGCACAUUCUCAAAGAAGCUAGGUCUCAGCUCAACACCCAAGAACAAUUCUCCAACACACAUACCCAGCACGAUCCAUGAAGGCAGGACGUUCGCCGCCGAAAACGGCUCGCUAGAUCCCUCCGCAGCAGCAAGCCUAGCCUCCAACUCGCUCACGGCACAAAUGUCAGGUGGCGCAUUACCGCAAUAUCCACAUCCUUCUCCAGGAGUCCCGUCUCCGACCUCACCUCUCCCCUACCAACAUCAACCACUAGCCCCGCGCUCUUAUCAACGUGAAGGGGGAACUGCCACUACUGCCAUCCCGCGCUAUGAUGGUGCGGACGAGCGGCAAGUCACCAUCGAACGCGACCGUGACCCUCCCACUUCCGCAAAGUCUGCCUCUGGAAAACUCAACCCUACAAACAGUACAAUCUCUAAUGCCUCCACACUCAUACCCUCGAGGGAACUAUCCGCCUCUGUCCCGCCCCAGCUGCCCUCGAGCGCUGGUGUGGGCCACAAUCCGCAUAGCAACAAAGACAGUGGUGGAGGAGGCGAUGCCCCCUCUGUGGAAAUUUUCAAAUCUUUCCGUGUCGGACUAGAAGAUCCAUGCUAUAAAGUGCUCCCGGCCGCACUCAGGAAAUACAAUAUUCAGGCCGAUUGGCGACAAUAUGCAUUGUAUAUUGUGUAUGGCGACCAGGAGAGGUGCGUGGGACUGGAAGAGAAGCCGCUCGCAUUAUUCAAGGAUUUGGAUAGAGAAGGGAAAAAGCCCAUGUUUAUGUUAAGAAAGUUGGGAAAUGUAAUCGUUGGGGACAUGCCAUCAACGGCAGGGGUAGGGAUGAAGCCGCCCCUUGGAGGAUUGGGCGGCGGCGGUGGAGGGACUGCUGCAACAGGAGUAGCUCCUGGCGGUGCAGCGAGCGUGAGGACAAUGCCAACAGCGCAGACGUUGCCGGGCGGUGUAUUAUGA